AUUAAGCAUUUAGGGAAAGAAAGCGUCUUUUACGGCUUCGUCAUUGCUGAUCCCAAGUCAACAUCCGCAAAAAGUGAUCCCAAGACCAAGUCCCCUCCAAUUAUUUCCCUACCCUCCUCGGAUAUUACCCCGCAUUUCCCCAGCUCUGGACCCCACCAUCGCCCUCCGCUCUCGAAAGAAGUUUCUUUCAAGAGAAAAGGAGGGAGAUCAAAAAAACAAUGACAGGAUCUCCACCAAGCGAGAGGAGCACGUCGUUGAUGGACAACUUGAUGGGUCUGCUGAGGAUUCACAUCAAACGGGGCGUAAACCUUGCCGUUCGUGAUGUCCGAAGCAGCGAUCCUUACGUUGUUGUCAAGAUGGGCAGACAGAAAUUGAAGACUCGUGUAAUAAAGAAAGACGUUAAUCCUGAGUGGAAUGAGGAUUUAACUCUUUCCAUAACAGAUACUAGUCUUCCAAUCAAGCUGACUGUGUACGACCAUGACACUUUUAGUAAGGAUGACAAAAUGGGUGAUGCAGAGUUUGACAUCAGGACAUACAUAGAAGCCUUGAAGAUGCAUGUGGGGGAAAUCCCAAGUGGAACCAUAAUAUCAAAAGUGCAACCAGGUAGGAAGAACUGCCUGGCUGAAGAGAGCGCCGUUUACUGUCAGGAAGGAAAGGUUGUCCAAGACCUUUGCCUCAGAUUGAGAAAUGUGGAGUGUGGUGAAGUUGAAAUUCAACUGCAGUGGAUUGACAUUCCCGGAUCUCAAGGUUUAUGAAGUUGAUGAAUGCUCUUUUGUCUGGCUUCUGUCUUGUAUGUUUUGGUGGCAGGUUCCGGAGCUUCCGCUACCCAAUUCCCUGCCAGAUUCAUGAUGAGGUUGGUUUGUUCUCUGAACAGUUUUGAGUAGUCAAAUCUGUGAAGUAGUAUCCGAAUUAUGGCUCAUGCAUAGAAUUGAACAAAUUUUGGUUUAUCUCAUCAUGGAUAUCGGAUACGAAAUGAAGUAAUUACCUUUUUGUACAAUGUAAUUUACUAAACUGAACUGUCUUUGCCAGAAGCUAUCCCUGCUAAAAGGUUCUUCAAUACAUAUUAAUUUACCAAUCACCUUCAAGGUGAUAGAGCUCUUUGUGAAAGACAAAAAAAGAAAAACAAAAUGCUUUCUCAUAUUGAAUUUUCUCAGUCGACAAGCAGAAAUUACUAGAUAACAUUGCAUACCAUUUUGUUUGGUGUUUCUGUACAAUGAGUAAGGGAUUUGAACUUUGAACCUCAAAUUUCUAGGCUGAUAUUGUAAAAUGCUUUUUUGCAAAAUUUGUUGCAUUUGGUUAACAGCUUUUUGCAAGAAAUCUAAAGACA